AGAUAGCUCGCACCGCAACAGAGCACACUGGUAGAGUGGCAGUGGCAGGUAUACCUACACUUGUAGCCUCGGUUAUCUUGCCAGUGCCAGCUGAGCUAGCUAUAUAGCUCCGUCGCUUGCUUCCGAGUUCCGACAGCUCGCUCCGAUGACGGUGGCGGCGGCGGGCGCGGGCAGGCGUUACGCGCUGUUGCUGGCGGUGAACGACUCGGACUACGCCAGGAAGGCGCACGGCGGGUACCGGAACGUGUUCUUCCGCGCCCUCCGCUCCGGCGAACCCGACGAGGCGUGGGACUGCUACCGCGUAAUCGACGGCGAGUUCCCGGCAGCGGAGGAUCUGGGCCUGUACGACGGCUUCGUGGUGAGCGGCAGCCCGCACGACGCCCACGGCGACGGCGCCCCGUGCUGGGUCCGCCGCCUCUGCCUCCUCCUCCGGACCGUCCACGCCAUGGGGAAGCGCGUCCUCGGCGUCUGCUUCGGCCACCAGGCCCUGUGCCGCGCGCUGGGCGGGAGGAUCGGGAGAUCGCCCAGCGGCUGGGACGUCGGGGUGAAGGAGGUGACCUUCGUGGACGAUCUGGAAUGGCCGUUCGAGUUCUUGCCCGUGGAGCCACCCCGGAGCGCCUCCAUCAUCGAGGUUCACCAAGAUGAGGUGUGGGAGGUACCGCCCGGUGGUAAGGUGCUGGCCUACUCCAACAAGACGCGCGUGGAGAUGUUCGCCGUCGGCGACAACGCCCUCGGCAUCCAGGGCCACCCGGAGUACACCAACGACAUCCUACUCAACCUCACCAACCGCCUCGUCAACAACAGCACCAUCGACGGGUGCGUGGGCGAGGACGCGCGGAGGACGGCGGAGAGCGGCGAGCCGGACCGCGAGUUCUGGACGGGGCUCUGCAAGGCCUUCCUGAGGGGCUCAGGGUGCACCGGCGGCGGCGGCGCCCCCAGGCCGCCGCCGCAGGGACCGGCGCCGGAGCUUAGCUGCAGCCACCAGGUCGCUCACUUCCCUGCCACCGCCUCCCCCAUUGGCUUGUAGCGCUUUGCAAUUGCACGGACCGGCUGUUGUUGGUUCGGCGCAUGCAUGUGCUCGCUAGCUGCAGUAGUAUAAUGGUACGGCUGCAUGCAUGCACGUACGAUCGGUGAAGCGUUUGUGUCAGCAACUAUACGAGUGGCUGAUUUUUUUCGCAUGUGCUGCGUUGCACACAGCAUGUCUUGUAGUUGUAUGGUUGGAUAACGGACAUAAGGUCUGACGAAUGCCAAUUAUCCACGGGA